ACUUCUCAUCUAGACACGGCAAGACAAACAUGUAAUAGUUUUAUAAAAAAUAUAAAGAUAAUAAUUGUAUAAUGGUGUAAAAGUGUUCAAGCUAUCUGCAAUAUAAUUAUAAUGAAGCAGUGUGUUUUUAAAUAGCCCCUCAUCACCUACAGAACUCAAUCCCCUCAAAUUUAACCGUCCAACACUUUCGAAUAAAAAUUAUUUAUUUCAGUCACCUUUAUUUAAUGUGCCAGAUAUUUAUAAAUAAACCGACAUGUUUCAGGGAUAAUUUCUGGCAGCCGGGCUUGGGAUAUUUAAAGAACUAAAUUUUAAAUCUUGAUACGAAUUUCCUGUUGCAAAAAUCUUAAUGUUACAACCAAUAUUUCUUUUGGACUUAAAUUAUCGUAGGAUUAGUUAUGUAAUAGUUAGAUUAUGGAUACAUAAUUGACUAUCGAAGUAUCGUAGGAUAGUAUCCUGCUUUUGAAUAAACGGUGUCCCAUAUCAUUUCAUUUAAUUUCAUCCCAGUUGAUUAAUAUCUCAAAUUAAUCAUCUUCAUUUCAUUUCAUUUCUCUCCAUAUUAUCAUUUUUCAUAUAAAUAAGAAUAAAAUUAAAAUAAGAUAUGACUUAAAGGUCUUAGUCACCAGGUCAUAAAAUCCCUUAAAAAAUUUAUUGUCUUGUUUACUCCUGUACUGACUCCUGGUGGUUUUACUAUGUUUUACCCUAAAACACUUUAAAACUUUCGUCGUUUAAAUUUUAACUGUGUCCUUACCUAAAAUAAAAUGAAUUCAUUAACAAAAGCAGCACCCAUGACUAAGGAUGAGACGAAGCUUCUGCUACAACUUGUGGCGGUGAAUGAAAUUAUAAAUAAUAAGACAACAAAUGCCAUAAAUAAUGAACUGAAAAAAAAGGCUUGGCAAAACUUGGCAAAUGACUUUAAUUCGUCGAUCGCAACCGUCCCCCGAACUGCAGCGCAGCUUCGUCUCAAAUGGGAAAACUUGAAGAAGUCUGCUCGCAAACACUGUGCCAACACGAGAAACGGCCUUAUUAAGACUGGACGUGAUGAGGAUUGCUUUCCGCCAGAUGGAAUAUUGGACAAAGUAGCUUCACUUUUGGGCAUCACACGUCAAGGUCGUCGAAAUACCAGCUCAAAUUUGUUAUUACAGUGUAACCGCUUACCUGCAGCUAAGCGGAAACACAAGAUGCAGGAAGAGCUUUGCAAAGCUCGCAUAUAUAGAGACAAUGCCUUAGCAGAGUACCUUAAAGCAAAAAAAAAGAAGCUUGAUUUGGAAAACAAUGAAAAGGAGAUUUUAAUUGCAAAACUUAAGUUGGAAAUAGAGAAUGCUAGGUUAGAAAAUUUAAUAUUAAGAGGGGAUUCCAAAUAAAUAACUAAGAAAUAA